UGAUGCCAACUCGGCAAAUAGUGUAGCCUGUGCGUGUAGCACACAUUUUCCGAGUUGUGGUGAAUUUUCCCAAUCUGGAACACAUUUGUCCGAUUAUCCCGACAGCACGGGAACGCGGCAUCAGUCGCGAACAGGGCCAAGCCCAAACAGAUCACAUGAAUUUGUUUUUGUUUUUUAAUGAAAUUUAACCAGUAACGUGUUAAUGGUUGGCUUUCAAAAGCGAUGUGACUCGGAGGAAAAGCAGCUUGUGACUCCAUGGAGCAGCUGGAGGAGAUAAGGCUAUAAAGUAGAGGCACUUCAGGGCAGAAUGUCCUCGGGUCACCGGCUGAGGGACGUGGAGCAGCAGCGCCCCCUGCUGGACGGGGAGGAGGAGACGGCGGCGGAGGCGGAGAAGAGUUUCCACGGCGAAGCCAAGCGACUCUGGUUCAUCCAGGACUGCUGCGGCAUGGUGUGUGCCUUCAUCACCUGGUUCCUGGUCCUGUACGCGGACUUUGUGGUCACGUUCGUCAUGCUGCUGCCCUCCCGGAGCUUCUGGUACGCCGUGGUCAACGGGGUGUUCUUCAACAGCCUGGCCGUGCUGGCGCUGGCCUCCCACCUCCGCACCAUGCUGACCGACCCGGGAGCCGUUCCUAAAGGCAACGCCACUAAAAAAUACCUGGAGAGUCUGCAGCUGAAGCCGGGCGAGGUCAUCUACAAAUGUCCAAAAUGCUGCAGCAUCAAACCCGAGAGGGCCCACCACUGCAGUAUCUGUAAGCGCUGCAUCCGCAAGAUGGACCACCACUGUCCAUGGGUCAACAACUGUGUCGGGGAGAGAAACCAGCGCUUCUUCGUCCUCUUCACUAUGUACAUCGCUAUGAUCUCCUGUCACGCUCUGGCUCUCUGUGGAUACCAGUUCAUCACCUGCAUCAAAGUCCAGUGGAGAGAGUGCAGUGAUUUCUCUCCUCCGGUGACGAUGAUGCUGAUGAUCUUCCUCUGCAUGGAAGCCCUCCUCUUCUUCACCUUCACAGCUGUGAUGUUCUGCACCCAGCUCCACUCCAUCUGCAACGACGAGACGGAGAUCGAGCGUCUGAAGAACGAGAAGCCGACGUGGGAGCGUCAGACUCGCUGGGCGGGGCUGAGGUUGGUGUUUGGGGGUCCGCCGUCGCUGCUCUGGAUCAGCCCCUUCGCUGGACUCAAACUACCAACCCUGCUCCCCAGACGCAGCUGGAAGGGCGGCGCAGAGUUCUCCGUCUGACCGGCUGUGGUUCGACCUGCAGACUCCAGCUGGGUUUGCAGACUCCAGCUGGGAUUUGCUGGGAUUGCAGAGUCCUGCUAGGAUUGCAGAGUCCAGCUGGGAUUUGCUGGGAAUGCAGAGUCCUGCUGGGUUUGUAGAGUCCUGCUGGGUUUGUAGAGUCCUGCCAGGUUUGCAGAGUCCUGCCGGGAUUGCAAAAUCCAGCUGGGAUUGCAGAGAGUCCUGCCGGGAUUGCAGAGUCCUGCUGGGUUUGCAGAGCGCUGCGCUGGACCUCAAUGGCUGUUUUCUGAGCCGGAGAAACCAGGUUCAGGCUCGGCUACGGUCCCCAGAAGCAGGAUUCUUGGUCUCCGUCUCAAACGCUCGACCUCUUCUUACCUUUCUGGGAGGAACUGAAAGCUCUGACCCGGUAAGACUGGCUGCAGACCGGUGCUGCUGGAUGUGUAGAUAAUCUUAAGAAGAGUUCCUUCUACAUGAACCAGUCAGACUUGGAUUGGUUUUAAUUUGCUGAUUAAGAUGCUGGAUCUUCUUAGAGCCGUUACCGACCA